UGUCAGCUGGGCCGAUCGAUUUCUGAAGGCUCGAUUGAUUCCGAGCUUGCUCCUGUUGCUUGUAUGCCCGUGGAGCCCAUAGAGUCCAUUGCAUGCGGGUAUUUCUGCUCAUUCGCCGUUACGGUCAAUGGAGAGCUUUGGGCGUGGGGAGAUAACAGGUAUGCUUC